AUGGGCGGACCAUCAGGCGCUCUCCUCGGAGGCUUCAGCACCACCACCUCCUCUCUGGAGGGCGGAGGCCGGAUGUCCUGGCCGAGCAGCAACCCUCUGGACCUCAACCAAACCCUCGGAGUCGGCGGUGCGGCGGCCAUGAGCGCAGGAGUGGACAACUUCACCCAGGAGUCCGUCACCAGGGCCGUGAUGAAGGACAAGAACUGGCCGGCGCUGCUCAUCCUCGUCAUCAUCGCUCUGACCAUCGGGGGGAACAUCCUGGUGAUCCUGGCGGUGUCGCUGGAGAAGAAGCUGCAGAACGCCACCAACUUCUUCCUGAGGUCGCUGGCGGUGGCCGACAUGCUGGUGGGCAUACUGGUGAUGCCGAUCUCCCUCAUCAACAUCCUGUAUGACUACGCCUGGCCCCUGCCCAGCGCCCUGUGCCCCAUCUGGAUCUACCUGGACGUGCUGUUCUCCACCGCCUCCAUCAUGCACCUCUGCGCCAUCUCGCUGGACCGCUACGUCGCCAUCCGCAACCCCAUCGAGCACAGCCGCUUCAACUCCAGGACCAAGGCCAUGAUGAAGAUCGCCGCCGUCUGGACCAUCUCGAUAGGCGUGUCCAUGCCCAUCCCCGUCAUCGGCCUCCACAACGAGGACAAGGUCUUCGUCAACGGCAGCUGUGUCCUCAACGAGGAGCGCUUCAUGCUGAUUGGCUCCUUCGUGGCCUUCUUCAUCCCACUGGUCAUAAUGGUGGUGUCGUACUGCCUCACCAUCCAGGUGCUCCAGAGGCAGGCCACUGUCUUCCUAUACGAGGCCAAGGCGUCCUCCCAGCAGCCUUUGCACACGCCAGCGAUGACCCACACGUUGCAGCCUCCGUCCAGCACCUUCCACCUUCCUCAGAUCAACACAACUGCACCGCCCGACUCGCCAGACGUGAAGCCGCCGCCCCCUCCGAGCAGGCGCAACACCCUGAGCUGCCUGAAGGGGGCCGAGCCCACGAUCCUGCUCAGCUCCUCCAAGUCCGACAGCAUCAGCAUCCUCCCGAGCUCCGAGGCGGCGUCGCAGCUCAGCUCUCCGGCCGCCGGGCCGGGCCGGGCCGACGCCUCGGGGGGCCACGGGCGCCGGGGGAUGAUGCAGGCCAUCAAGAACGAGAGAAGAGCCUCCAAGGUCCUGGGAAUCGUCUUCUUCCUCUUCCUCAUCAUGUGGUGUCCCUUCUUCAUCACCAACGUCACCUCCGUCCUGUGCGGCGGCUCCUGCAACGAGUCGCUGCUCCACGACCUGCUCAACGUCUUCGUGUGGGUGGGGUACAUCUCCUCCGGGGUCAACCCCCUGGUCUACACCCUCUUCAAUAAGACCUACAGGAGGGCGUUCUCCAGCUACAUCAGGUGUCAGUACAAGGUGGGGGCCGCGGCCGGACAGAGCUGCAAAACCCUCCUGGUCCCCCCCCAGUGCCCCUCGCACGCCGUGACCCCGCUGCUCAUGGGCAGUCACGGGAAGGCGGGCGUGGACCGCAACAGUAACUGUCGCAACGGCAGCCGGGGGGGCAACGGGCGGCUGGCGGUCGACCCGGAGGACACCACGGACGACGAGAAGACGGAGAUUGGAAUCGUGUCUCACAGCCUCUCGGAAUGCUACAACGUGGGGGGGGUGUCGGAGACGGAGACGGAGACGGAGACGGAGCUGUCUCUGAUCAGCUACAAUCCUGCGUCCACAGAACUCACGAGCAGCGUGUGACUGUGCACGUGACUGUGCACGUGACUGUGCACGUGACUGUGCACGUGACUGUGCACGUGACUGUGCACGUGGUUUCAUGUCUUCUUCUGGACGCUGGAGCGAGCAGCGUUUCUCCGGCGGCUUCCACGAGGGACUCGAACCUGCAGGAGGGACUCUUAUUGUGAAAGUCUGGAGCGAGGAGCCUUACCCCCGCACAGAGGUGCAGCACUCUCAUCAGUGUGUAGGGAAUCGAACCUGAAACAGUGGCAUUUCCACCAGUGUACUGGAACGAACCUUCCAGACGUGUAGAUUUUUUUAUUUGUUGCCAAAAUGUUGGUUUUCACUCCAGGAACAGACGAUGGAGGCGUCAUCGUUCGCUUCAUGGGGUCGAGAUCCAGAGUCACAGAGUCGAGCCCCCCCCCCUGAGGUCACCGGGGUCAAACUGCGCCUCCAGGCCUUCACAGUCUAAAUGCAGUCGGAGCUCCGCGCAGAGCGAACUCAACCAAAUCUAUUUUUGUGCCGUCGGGCUCGACGCCAGGAGCCGUAAAUCAAACUGAAUGAAACCGCUCCAGCAUGAAUCACCGAGGAGCUUUACUCUGAAGGAGGGAACUUUCUCCAAGAUGACGGAAUGUACAAGAUGGACUCACAGUGCCACCUGGUGGCGGUGGCGUGACACUGCAGCACAAGGGGCUGAAGGAGCUGAAGACCCGGCGCAGACACUCAGGCUCCGGCUUCUCGCUCAGAACCAGAAUCCACCGUUUGCUCACCUUGUUAAUUUAACUCAGUAAAGUUUGGAAUCAAAAGAUAUUUGGGCACAAAAGUUCCUUUCAUCAUUUAAAGGAACUAAAUAUAAUGAUUUUAGGAUAAUUAUAACCGAUAAAUCAUUAAUAUCAGAGUUGCCUUCAUGAAAUCACACAAACCUUUAUUUCACUAACAUUGUUUCAAUAAUCAAACACACAAAUUAAUACAAGAUGAGCAAAUAAUAAUAAUAAAGCCAAAGACAUAAAGAUUUUGCAAAAACACGGGGAUGCAAUAAUAUCACGACUAUCUUUCAAUACAGAAAACCUUUAUUUAUAUACAAACAUUUACAAAGAUAUGGAGAAAAAGUACAGAGACAGAAAAAGAGGAGAAAAACAACUCAAGAUUAUCAAUAAAUGUUUUGCAGUGAUGUCAGGUUUAAAUAAUUUGAAAUAUGAACAGAUCACAUAUCAGAAUCUGGGCUGUUUGGGAUUCAAGGCGUCUGUGAAGAACUCGAAGCAUCAAGGUCAGAAUUCAGAUAAAUCUUUUUCCUCUCAGAUCAAAUCCCUCCUUCCUGCCCCCGGGGGAACCUGAAGCCUCACAGCCAGGGUCACAUGUUGAGGGAAUAGAUUCAAGAUAUUAUCAUAUUUAGGUUUAUUAUCAGCUACAAAUUGGCCUCACAGGGGAAAAUAAAUAAAAAUGCAUGUUCUUAGCAUGUGAUUAAUAAGGAUAAGCAGUAUAGAUAAAAGAUGGAUGAAUAAUAAUAAAACUGGAUGUGUUUGCAUCUAGGAGGCAGGAGAUUUAAUUUGAUUCUGUGCAGUUGCAUUGUGGAAAAAAGAUCUUUACUUGAGUCUGAACGUCUGAAAAAUGAUUCUUUAUUCUUUUACACUUUAAGUUCAAAUUAAAGAAGGUGCAAUAUGCAAUAUAUCACAGAGUCUUCCCCACAGCUGAGAAAUGAUCCAAGUCGGUUUCACUCCCCCAGAACAAACGAUACUGAUAUCAUCAUGUGGCCCCUCCCUCAGGUCAAGGUCAAAGGUCAAACCCUCCCCUGGAGCAAACGGAAGCGAAGCCUGACGUCUGCGGCCGAGUCGGAACCAGGAUGAACCCGGGCAGCGGCUCCAUCCUGGUUCUGAGCUCCUCUGGACAAUGGACCCGCUCUGGGCCACUGACCCCCCGAGGUCGUCUCCUCUCUCCACACGGAGACGUCCACGCAUCAUGCAUGUUCCACGUGUCCGUUCAAAAGGUCCUCUCUUCCUCACCCCCUCGUUUGUUCUCUCUUCAUGACUGAACCGGUCCUGACAGGAAAGAGAGAACAAACGACAACAGCAUGCGGCUCCUGCAGCCUUUUCAUCUUAGAAUGCAAGAAAAAACAACAACAACACAACACGAGGGAACCGGAGAAGAGAGGACUCUCUGAACUGAGAUGGACGGGUCGGAUCCUCGGAGGGCGACCGAAAGGCCAACUCAGUGUGUUGCAAUGUAAUAACUCUGUGUUCCCUGUGUACCUGUGUGUGUAGCGGGCCGCGAUCCAAUCACUGCCUCAGAUUGAGUCAGAGUCUUUCCACCGAUCGAGGACGAAUCGCUCUGAGAGAAUCUGAAACGGUUUCAGCUGAUGAUUGGAUCCAGGUCUGGUGUGUACAGACAUGUAAGGAGACGCUUGUUGACAAAGUUUCACUCUGACACGUUCGGUGAGAGCUGGGAAACCUGAGAACAACGUGAAACAUGGCUUCUCCUGUUUCCCUUUCUCCCAAGAACGUCCAGCACCACAAUGAUCUACAGUUCAACAGGAAGUAAGAGUCUAAAUCUGAAUCCAGACAAGUCUCCUCAAAGCAACAAGGGGUUGGAAGAUUGGGAAGAAAAUCAAACAUCUGUCAAAACCAGUUAAAAAACAGGCAGAUGUUUGAAUCAAUUAUUUAAAAACCAGUGUCUCCAGGACGCCCCUGGAGUUACCAGCCCUGGUAACUCUGCUGUGGGACUGAGGGGCCAUGCUGCACUUUUAAAAACCUAUUAAAAAGAAUCUGGAACUCAAUCCUGAAUUUAUCUGGCAGCCGACGGAGGGAUUGACUGAAAUGACACCGAAUGGAUUUCCUGUGAAACUCUGUCAGUGAGCAGCUCUGUCAGAACCGGAGCUGCAGUCGUCCCAGAGUCUGAGGAACCUGACCUCUC